AGACAAGGGGAGAGAAGGGCAAUAACUCAUUAGCAGAAGCUCUGUGUGCAUUCUGCUAUUUGCUACAUAUCUACAAGGGAGUUUCUUCAGAGUGCAAGGAACCUGUGAACUGUCGGAAUAUUAUAAGUCUUUCCUUGAGAUGUCAGCCAAGAGCUUCAGUAUAGUCACAGUCACUACUGUGCUUAUUUUCUUCCUAAAGAUACAACUCUCAAUGCAAGCGCCGUUGAAUGGGUCAAAAUGGUCUUAUAUUGGUCCUGAUGGAGAGAAGGCCUGGCCAAAGAAAUACCCAUUUUGUGGAGGAGUAUUCCAGUCGCCAAUAGAUUUCCACAAAGAUAUUCUCCAGUAUGAUUCUAAUCUCUUGCCUUUAGAAUUCAUAGGCUAUAAUGUGCCCUCCACUGACCAGUUUACAUUGACCAAUAAUGGUCAUUCAGUGAAAAUGUAUCUGUCGCCUACUAUGUGCAUCAGAAACCUCCCUUUUGAAUACACUGCAUCUCAACUUCACCUACACUGGGGCAACAGAAACAAGUCAGAAGGCUCAGAGCACACAGUCAGUGGGAAGCAUUUUGCAGCAGAGCUGCAUGUUGUACAUUAUAACUCUGAGAAAUAUCCAGAUAUAACAGCAGCAAUGGACAAAGCGGAUGGACUGGCAGUUUUGGCUGUUCUUCUUGAGAUUGGACCCUUCAACCCAUCCUACGAAAAGAUCUUCAGGCACUUCCGGAACGUGAAAUACAAAGAUCAGAUGGUCCAAGUCCCUGGUUUCAAUAUUCAAGAACUGCUUCCUGACAGACUGGAUGAGUAUUAUCGCUAUGAAGGAUCCCUGACAACUCCUCCUUGCUACCCUAGCGUUCUCUGGACAGUUUUCCGACACCCCGUUAAAAUUUCACAAGAGCAGGCAAGUUUAAAUGCAGCACAUGUUUUCCUGAUUGGUGUCUGCUAA